AUGUUCACCCUGCACUUUGACAACAUGACGUUGAAGGACGGGGAGAAAUACGACCGGGUCAGAAGACUCCAGAACACCACAGACCCAACCAAGAACCCUCACCUCUACACCAGGUGGUGCUUCUUCUGGUGGAAUAACCUCAGCUGGACAAAGUACAAAGACGUGAGCUUUGACUUACUGGAUUGUCUUGUUAAGGAUGUGUCCAAGAUCCUUCUGGACAAGAGGGAUGCUGGGGAGCUGGAGUGUCGUUUGCACAUCUUAGCGGUGGAAUACAAGGUGGACUUCAUCAGUAUGAUCCAGACCAACGUCACCACAGGGUUUCAGCGGGCCAUCCGACUCAGACCUUUCUACCGCUCCCUUAAGUCUCUGAGAGCACAUUUGAGGACAGGUAUCCUGCUGGAUGGUCUGGCUGGCACAUCCACCGAGCCUUCCCCGGCCAACUUCAGUGUAGACCCUCUGGGGGAGUUCAGCACCUGGUACACCCCAGUGUGGACACCUAGCUCCGCGCCAGACCAGGACUACAGCAUGGUGGAUGUGCCGGCCAACACCCAGGCCUUCCAGAAGGUCCACAGCCUGUUCCACAAGACCCUGUCAGAGACCCGGGUGGAGAUAGUCAGCCUCCACCAGAUCCAGAAUGUUCUCCACUGGGACAAGUUCCAAAGGUACAAGGAGCACAUGCGGAAGCGCGGCGACAUCAAGGAAGACGGGGCUCUGGAGAGGCACAUGUUCCACGGGACCAUUGGGGACUUCAUUGAGGACAUCUGCCACAACAACUUUGACCCGCGCGUAUCGGGAGUCAACGGGUUCGUGUACGGCUACGGCUCCUACUUCGCCCGCGACGCCUCCUACUCCAACACAUUCGCUGCGGUGUCACCUGACGCUGGGGUCCGUCACAUGUUCCUGGCCAAGGUGCUGGUGGGAAAGGUGAGCGUGGGCAAGUGCAAAUACCGCCGGCCGCCACCCGUCAGAUCCACGAAGGAGGACUACAACCUCUGUGUGGACCAGCUGGUCAACCCCACCAUCUUUGUAGUUUUUGAACGGUGCCAGUGCUACCCCUACUAUCUGAUCAAAUACAAAGAACUGCUCGUGGUGGACGUUAAUGAGUAGGUUUGCCCUGGGGGAGCUUGUGUUGCUGCCGGUGACGGUAACUGUUGUUGUUCACUGGAUGUUCAUUCCACACCAGACCGUAAUGCAGCACCUUGCAUUAAGGUGAAAGACAGCAUUAAGAAUAGAUCAGUCAAAACUGCAUCAAACAAAAUGUUUGUGUAUCCAGUCCAAAGGAUAAUGUUCAAAGCCUUCCAAAGACUUGGAAUGUCUUUAGAAUAGAUAUGUGUUUUAUGAAGUUUUACAAUUACCGUUUUUUACAGUAAGUUUCUACAACGUCCCAUUUUAAAAUGGAAUUCUAAAUGUAACAAACAAGUUUGAUAUAUUUUCGAAAUGUUUUAAUAAUGGAAACAAUUGUAAUUUGAUAAUGUAGAAAGAAGAAAUUAUAAGUUCUAGAUGUUGCUUUCAAAAAGGUUCUUAAACUGUAAAGUCGUUAUGUUAUUGACAAUAAAUGGGUUUACUGAAUACAUCAGGGGCAGUCGGUUCAGUUUAUGAUUACGGAGGACGAUUUUUUUAUGAGCAUGUUCUUAUUUCUAUU